AUGUACAUACACAGAUAUACACAUACACAGACACAUGUACAUAUAUACACAGACACAUGUACACACAGACACAUGUACAUACAUACACACAAACACACACAUACAUGUAGAUACAUGCAGACACAUGUACAGAUACACACAUGUACAGAAACACACAUGUACAUACACACAGACACCUGUACAAUUGUACAUGCAUACACACACACACACAACCCCCCCCCCCCCAUAAAAAGUUGCAGUACUUCAUUGUUCACUCACAGAUCCGGGUAAUGCACUCUAGGGGGAGGCAGAGAGCACAGCACACACUCCUUGCUUUGCUUUCACUGUGCUCAGCUAUUGAGCAGUCUGAGGGCUCCCAGUGCCAAUGACAGAUCCGGCCUGAGCUCCGAGCCUGCUCAGCAAGACGGCCCUGGGGGACACACUCGCCCCCACCAUAAUUUCCACUCGCCAUUGGCGAGCAGGCAAGUGGAAAUUUCAAGCCUUGGUAUAA